AUGAGUACUGAUAACCAUGAUCAAACGAAGCCCUGCGUCAGCAAACCAUCCGCAAGAAUCGAGCUUAAUGCCGACGAAAGUGCGUUCGACGGCAGGCGAAUUAAAAAGGAACGAACUGACGUUUCGCUUGAAAAUGGUGAUGGUAGCAUCAGUACUGGCAUUAAUGAUACCAAUAAGCAAAUACAGUCGAGUCAGCGACCGGCUGCCGGCAGAUUUUCAAACGGCUUCCACGACGACGACCUACUUCAAGAUAUCAUCGCGGCCAAGUUCACGGCCCUGGCAAAUCAUAGCACAACCACUAAGUACGACAAAAUUCGGCUCAUGAUCGAAGAUAGCAUCAGUGAUGAAUCAAAAACACGUAUUCAAGAAAUCUUUUCACAAAUUGAACAAUUGAAAAUAGAAGAAAAAUUAUUGUUGUACCUGAAGCUUCCAUUAUCAUUGACUAAUACUGGAGGAACUAUUGAUCCUUUGAGACAACCAUUAAAUCCAUUAGGGAAUCGUUAUGAAAUUCAUCAAACUAUCAUGUGGAUUAAAACACAUUUGGAAGAAGAUCCAGAUGUUUCUUUACCAAAACAAGAAGUUUAUGAUGAAUAUAAUAUGUAUUGUAUGCGAAAUUCUAUGAAACCUCUAUCAACUGCUGAUUUUGGCAAAGUUAUGAAACAAGUAUAUCCAAGAGUUCGACCACGUCGACUAGGCACACGUGGAAAUUCACGUUAUUGUUAUGCUGGAAUGCGCAAAAGAGUUAAAUUGGAUUCUCCAACAUUGCCUAAUAUAUCUGGCACUCAAACUGGUGAUGAAGUAGAUGAAAAUAUUACUGAAGAAAUGUUGGGAGCUGCAUCUACAUUGAUCAGAGAAUGGGCAGAAAGUCUCUUAGGUUUGAAAUUUCCAACUUUGAGUGCCUUAGCGCGUCAUCUUGUUGAUAAUGUGUAUGUUGAUACUCAAUCUCUAUCUGCUAUAUGCAUAUUAUGUGCUUCAGGAAAUUCUAAUGCAUCAACAAAUAAAGAGUCAAAUACAGAUAUACGUGCAACACCUAUAAGUGGAAAGUCUGGAAAGCUUAGAGAAGCACAAUUACAGUUGCAACGAAAACUACAACAGCGAGAACAUAUAAGGGAUCAAAAACACUGUCAUCUUGAUGCUAUUAUACAGAAUCAGAAUAAAGAGAAGACUGUUGAUAAUAAAACAGGGACAAAUAAAGGAAAUAAAAAAACUAAAUUCAAUCAGUCAUCUCAAGGUACAAAUGUAUCAAGUGGGCAAAAUACAUUAAAUAAAAUGAGUUCAUCUGCUGUAAUAAAUAAUCGGCAGAAGAAAAUUCUUAAAGCUAGUAGUCAGCCAUGUAACAUCUCCCUGGAAUCCAACUGUGAUAAUAUAGUGGUACAAUCAAUUGAAGAAAUACAGAAUAAUAGCAACCCUAGUGUAGUAAUGACCAACUGCGUAAAUAAACAGAGAGAUAUCAAAUCUAAAAAUUCCAGAAAGCGUGCCAAUGUAUUGAGUCAACCAUCAGAAACAAGUCCUGAGAAACAAACAAAACUUACAGAACAGCAGAUACAAGAGAAUGUAGAGCAUUCCAAUAUGUUGUUGCCUAAACUUACAUCUAUACAACGUCCCAGGAAGAUUUCAGUGAUACUAGCUGGUAAUCUGAAGCCUACCAAGUGUAAAACAAAUGAAGUUAAUAAUCAAUCUAUUAAAAACUGUGAUAAUGAAUCAACAUGUUCCAAAAGUUGCAUAAAAUUAAAUGGUUGUCGUACUAGUUUUGAGUCUAGUUCAAGUGCAACAGAGGAAUCUACAGUUUUAACUAAAGAUCAAAUUCGAUUAUUGCAAGAAAACUCAAAUCUUGCAGAUAAAACUGAAAAACUUGGCUCUAUUGAUUCGGAUGCUUUAGAUGAUUAUUUGAAUGGAGGUAACAACUCUCAAGAACAAGAGGAGGAAUUAUUACAGUAUUUUCAACAAAGCAAUUCAUCGAGUUCAGAUGUGGAAGCAAAUACCAUUACUAUUGAUGAACAAAUAUCAAGAUCUGAUAAAGUUUCUCAAUUAAGAUUAAUAUUACAACAGAAUUUAAAAGGAGGAACUGUACAUGCACCUGAUGUAUUACCUACUACUAUCAUUAGACAGAAUGUUGAAAAACGUGAAAUUACUCAAAAACAUAACUUAAUAUUACCAACUUUAUUAAACCAUUCGAAUCAAAAUAAUACCAGACGUAGAGUUAGUUUUGAAACGAAUGUUAUAGAACAUGUCCAAGAUUCGAAUACUAUUACUAAUACAGUUCCACAAAGUCCAAAUACACGUCGUCGAAUAUUUAAUUUUACACCAAUAUCACCGGGCCCACAUUCUCCUAUUAAUGGUCGCGCUUCCAAAUCUAACUCUGCAAAUGCCAGUCCAUUUGUUUCACCACGAAAUACACCUGUGCCACGUUCGAGAAGUAAUUUGCAAGCAAAUAGUUCUAGAGCUCGUGUUCAUAAAUCUUUAUCACGUUCAAUAUCUUGCAGUAUGCCUUAUACUAGUAAAAACGAUACUUUUGUUGUUCCUACAAGUGGUCCAGAAUUAGUUAGACAAGCAUCAUCUACACCACAAUUACCGUUAAUUUCUACUAAAUCAUCGGAAGUGCAAGUUGAUAGUAAUUCAACUCAAAUUUCAGUUACAAAAAGAGAAGGACAAGGAUCACAAUGUACUGCAUUUUUAUCUUCUGAUUUAGCACCUCAAAAGCAAUUACUUAUUAAUUAUCCAAGUCAAGAAAAUUUGCAAGAAAUUAAAAAUGUUUAUCAAAAAAACCAACCUGAUCAAGAAAUUAGUGAAUUAUUUCAUAAUAAUAAACAAUUUACUAAUGAACUUUAUAGAUCACAAUCAGUUCCAUUACAUAGAAUGGUUAAUCCUGCAUUGAUGUCACCUAUUUCAACACAACAUUGCUUAUCGUCUUUUCAAAGUCAAAGUUUUAAUCCAUCUACAAACAGUUCUAUAGCACCUACACCGGUACCUAGUGAAUUCAAUGAUUUUGGAUCAAUAGGGCAAUCAGAAGGACCUUCAACAUAUUUACUUGAUGAUGUUGAUCCAAAUUUUAUAUCGGAUGAUCAAAAUUUUUUAAUGAGUGAUAAAGAAAUUACACCUGAAAACAUAACAAAUAUAUUAAAUAUUUUAGAUGAAGAAGGAACUCAGAGUUUGCAAAUUAUACCAGAGCAACCUACAGAAGAAGGAUUAAUGGAAAAUAAUUCAAUAGUGCUGGAUGCUUUACCAAAUUCCAACUUAAACUUAUCAGAAGAAGAUAUGUUAGAUCCAUCAAAUGUACUUGAUAUUCCAGUAGGUGGAGCUUUACAGAAAAUAAUACAGUCACGCUCCUACCCUAAUACACCAUUACCUGUGCCAGUAUCAACAUAUACACCAUCUUAUACAGAAGAUAGUAAUGGAUCAAGAUCAUAUCCUUCCACACCAUUACAUACUGUUCAAUCACAAGAAACGUAUCAGGAAACUAAUGAACCUAUGCUUUCAAGUCCUACUUUGAACUCUUUAAAUUUGCACAAUGAAACUGCUAAUGAGUCUACUUCUAACAGUUUGUGUAGGAAUGUUGUGGAUUUGCUUGAAGCUAAUUUUCUUGGAGAAACUGAUACUGAAACAAAUGAUUUAGAUACACUUGGUAAUUUUGAUGGAUUACAAGAUGUUGAUUCAUUGACGCCUUUGUUUAAUGAAGUGACAGAGCCUAAUCGUUGAAAUAUGCAAAAUAAAUACAUGAAUUAUACAAAAAUAAUUCAUGAAUUUUUUGUGAUUUUGUAUAGUGAUCUAUCUAAAAAUGAUCUAUCAAAAGUUGAAAAAAUAAUUUUUAAAUUGUAUGCAUGACAACAUUCUAUAAUGAUAAUAAUACUUUGUAUAAAUAUUCCAUUUCAAUAUGCAAAGCAUUAUAGUGGCAAUAUAAUUAAUUAAUUAAAAAAAUCUCAGUUUUUGUGGUAAUAUCAAAUAAUUUAUAUCACAGUGAUUAUAUAAAGUUAACAUAAAGUUAAAUCAAUUUUUGUUAAAAUAAAUAUUUUAUUUUGUUUAUAUUUAUUAAAUAUGAAUUUGUCAUUUGUAACUAUUUAUCAAGAUAUUUAAAUUUUUAUUACCUAUAUAAUAUAUAAUAAGAAAAAUAUUAUCAGAAUUAAUUUAUCUUUUUAAUUGCAGUAUUGUACAAACAUAAUAAUAAAAGCAACGUAUUGGAAAAUUCAUAUAAAAAAAAUAAUUUUUAAAAAAGUUGACUACAAAAUUAUAUGUAAUUUUAAUCUAGUUAUCACUACUAUUUAUAAUUUAAAAUGAAGAAUUAUAUUCUUAGAUUUAUAUUGUUUAUUUUUUUGAAGUAAAAAAAAGUCACUGUGAUGCAAACAUAAAUUUCUCAACAUUAUAUAUUUUGGAUUUGCCACUAGUGAAAUUAAAAAGUGUAAAUGUCUUCUUCAGUGAAGUUUUAGAUAUCUUUGGUGGAACAUUAAGUUUACAAGUGUAAAAAAUAUGACAAAGAAAUUGCUCAAAUGGAGCGAUUGUCGCUGUGAAGUAUUUGAGAUUCGAAUAAGUGGAAGUUGAUUUUAUAUAAAUACUUUAUAUUCGUCGUUUCGAAACGUUUGUUUCUAAGUCAUUUAAGAACGCGUUAUUGCGACUUUGUUAUUCAAGCGUUUCUAAGAAAUAUUUACGAUCACCUGCUGGACAUUGGUGAGCUUCUUUUUACAUAACAAUCGGUAUUGAACCCAGUAUGUAAUAUGCUCUUUUUGACUAGAAAAGAAUUAGAAGAUUGUCAAAGAGCAAAUAUGUAAAUUUGUAAAUGUUUUAUUUUAUCUUAUAUUUGUACGUAUAUAUUUGUCAAAUUUAUAUUUAAUUGAUGAAACAUCACAUUUUAGAUCAGAAGUAUUCAAACUUCAUAAUAUCAUGUUAUUCAUUUUUUCAUAUUUUUUCUUUUCUUAUUAUAUAUUCUAUGUUUUUAGAUUUUAUUAUUAAUAUAUCUAUUAAACUGAAUAUUAUCAUAAGCUUUUUUUAAAUAUGAUUUCAAAUUGUUAUAUUUAAUAUUAGUUGGAUCUUUCAAAAAUUAAUUAAAAUUCAUACAAUUUGGUAAUUGAAGUUUGAGCACUUUUGUUUUAAACAAAAAAUAAAAUGAAAAAAAACUUCAAAAAAUAUAACAUUGCGUAUUUAUGAUAUGUACUGGAUUCUACAUCGAUAAUAGUGCUAAAUAAUUAUUGCAAUGGCGGGUCUUCCUGGUAUGUCGUUUUGUUCGUCAAUGAAAUCCGAAUUACCAUAAAUACACCGCCAAUUUAUAUUUUUCUAUGGCGCUCUUAAUCAAGAAUUUUAUGAAUUGGAUAGUUAUUUAAUCAAUUUUUAUUCCUAACACAUCGUGGUUACUUAGCUUUUAAAGCAGAAAAAGAUAGAUCAGUCGUAAAAAAUCCAUGUGAAAAUGGAUAUGGUACGGUCGAUCACAAUUAAAUGAAUUUUAUCACUUAAAAUUAUUUUUCAUGUCGAAGUUUUAAAUGGUGCGCUUCAUGUCGUAAAGUAUUAGAUUUUUAUAAAAAUAUUGGGUAAAUGUUAUUUACUCGCAAAUGAUCACGAAUGCACGGCAUUUGCAAGAAUUCUAUAUUAUCAUUCUAUAAAAAAAUUAUAUGGCGUUACGAAUAUAUUAACACCAUGUAAAAUAUUAUGUAGUAUGAUUUUUGUGAAAUCUUGUUCUUUGAAAGUUACUAUUACAUGACAUGUUAAUAACAUAAACCAAAUCUUAUCUUUUCAUUAAUCUUUAACUUGUUAAUAAUUAAUAAUUUACCCAUUAUUGUGACAAUAAAAAAGGAAAAAAGAAAAUAAAUUAAAAAUAAUGAUUUAUUUAUAAUUUAUAUUUUUUAUUUAAAAUAUAAACAUAGUUUAUAUGUUUUUAUUUUGUUAAUUUUUCAUUAAUAAUAUUGUAAGUUCAAAUUAUAUUUCGAAUAUUCGUUUUUGGUUUAUGUUAUUACCAUGUUAUUAAGGCACUACAUUGCUAAUACCGGUUUUUAAUCGCCAUUUCAUGAACCGUAACUAAUUAUAUGUGGGAAUCUAGAUAAUGUUAUUCAUAAUGUUAAUCAAGAAUUUGAAAUGUAAUCUGCACGUUUCUAUUAACCUUUUGAAGUAUUCAUCGAUCUAAGACAAUGAUCAGAUAGUUUGAAAAGCAACUUUUUAAAAUAUCUACGAAAAUUUUUUCAAUGAAAGUAAUCUCUCGGCAUAUCAUAACAUUUUUAAAUAACAAUUAAUAAUAAAUUAAGAAUAGAAAAUCAAAAAAAAUUUUUUGAAUAUUAUUGAAAAAACAUAAAGCAUUGUAAAGAAUAGUGCGCCAACAUAAUAAAUUUAUUUUUAUAUCUGGAUUCAAAUUAUUCAAAUGUGGAAUAAGAUCACAGAUAAAAAAAUAAAAAAAAAUACUUCAAAGAGUUAAUAAAUAUUUCUGAUAAUUACAUCACACAUUUAUAAGCAACAAGAAAACAGUUUCCCACGCAACCUGAAAUACAGUGAGAGUAACACAUUCUUUCUAUGAAAUGAGUUACAACGUAGUUUCAAAUAUUUUAAACUAUUAAAAACUAUUAAAACAACUAAUAAGACGGUAAUCAUACUGUAAGGCGAGUUGUGAAUUGUACAAAUAUAAAAAGAAACAUUCGUCGAACCAAGUAGUUAUUUGACACUAGCAAUUAACUAAAUGGACGAAGAGAAAAGAGGACUCGACCUAUUAAUUGUGAAAUGUGAAAUGAAAAAAAAAAAAAUGAUGAAAGAAAAAUUAAUGAAAAAUAUAAAUCGAGCAAGUAUAGAAAGUUAUUAAACAUAAAUAAAUAACUUUCAUUACCUUGACCAAAUGAUCGAAGAUCUUGGAAAUUUCUAUAAUAGUACAGCUAUUUAUACUCGUAAGUAAAAGAGAAUAUGUACUAUGAUAUUACUUGUUGUUGUAACGCACAAAGAUUUUAAGUAGGAAUUAUUCGAUAUUAUCGUGUAAUCAGGGUUGUCUGUGCUGUUUGACUUACGAUAUGAAUUCAUCUAGAUGCAAAUAUCGAUAUAUUUAUGAAAAAAAGAGAAACAUUUUUACAAAAUAAUUAUAAUGUGCAAUAAUUGUACUCUUUAUUUGUCAAAAAAGGAAGAAAAGAGAAAAGAAAAAAAAAUUAUAAAAUUAUCGAUUCAAAUUAACAAUACAAGAAAUUGUCAAAAUUGAUACUAGUAUCUAGAAAUCUGUAACAUAACAGCACCGAUUUAUAAAAAAGAAAAAAAAAUAAAACAACGGAAACAAAUUAUAUUGAAACAUAUAUACAUUCAUAUUUACAAGAACAGUCAAUAGAUAUAGUUAUAUUUAAAUAAUAAUAAUGAUCUUGUCUAUAUAAAACAUUUAAAUACUAUGUUAUUUCAAUAAAAAAACGAAUAUACGUUAAUGAGACAAGAUUAUUUAAAUGGGCAUAGUAUAACUAAAUCUAACUUUGCACUGUAUUUUUUCCUCCAUCGAAAAUUAAUAAUUAAAAUUAAUUAAAUUUUUUUUUAGGAUAUUUAUAUUUUUUUUAAAUAAUUUUUUAUUUAUAUAUAUUCCACCAUGUAUAAUUCAAUAAUAUAACAAAAAUUUUAUGUAAUUAUUUUUUUAUGUUGUUUAAUAUUUUUUUUCUCGAAUUGAACUAUAAAUUUCGACGGAGAAAAAAUGGAGUACAAAUAAAUAAUUAUUCGGAUAUAACAAUAUUGCAUGGGGUAGAACAGUUUUAUAGAUCAGUAAAAUAUUAUAUGUCGUAAUUGUAGAAUGCAAUAAUUUAUCAAUUAUAAUUAGGAAUACGUAGAAUGAAAUAAUUUUCAUAAAACAAGAUCCAUCGAUCAUAAGUUAACACGAAGAUAUUUUUCUCUUUUUAAUUUUUAAAAUAUGAUUCAAAUUAAUUUAAUUCGAGUUUUCUAUUCUUUAACGUCAUCAUGAAUGAAUAUUAUCCUAUACAAUCAAGUGAAAAAUACAUGAAAUAUAUUUGCACGGAAAAACCAAAAGAAAAUAUGAAUAAAAUUAAUAUUGUUUUUCGCAGAUUGAUUUUAUUAAUAAUUUAAAAGAGAAAAAAAACUCGCCUUGCUUAUUUUCCGUCAAAUAUAUUUAUAAUAUACGUAAUCUUGCCACAUUAAACGAUCUGCGUUUUGUUUCUUGUCAAAGAUUUUGUAUUACUUUCAACACUGAAAAAAAUAGACCUGGCGAUACUAUACGGCUUUACUGCCGUUUUGAGGCUUAUUGAUCUUCGAAGGAUCGUUUUUUUUGAUUCUUCAAGAUCCUUUUGCUUCGUUAUUGAAAAAAAAAAAAAAAAAAAAGAAAAAAAUAAAAAUUUCUCUACCUAUUUUGUAUGGUCGAAUGUCAGGUAGACUAAACCAAGCAAUAGGAAAACGGUAUUCCCAUUGCAUGUGCUAGUGUCACUGGCAAUUUAUUUUGCUUUGUAAAUAAAAAUUCUUUUUUAGUAAAAAAAAAAAGUGCAAAAAAAA